CGUACCUAUAUAAAGAAAGCUCCUCAAGGGCAAAAUUCAACGUUCACUGAAGUAGCUCUUAGCUUUGAAGUUGUUUUCUUGAAGGUGUUUCUGAAACAUAGCCAUGGAUUCAAGAUUUCUCUUACGGGGUGAAAGGACGAGAGAUGAAUUCGAAGAGAAUUUGCGAUUGACUGAAGAAGUUGAUGAAUCGAAUCUUGAAAACACGAGAAAAGAAGAAGAAGAGAAUUUGGGAUUCACGGAAGAAGAUGAUGAGGCGACCACGUCGAAGAGGGAAUUUAAAGUACCACUCGGCUACCGGUUUCAUCCGACAGCAGUUGAAUUAGUGGAAGAGUAUCUGAUGAAAAAGAUCUUAAGACAGCUAACUUGGGACACUAUUAAAGAAAUUAAUUUCUAUCAAUUGGAUCCUCAACAGAUUCCAAUAAGUGAAUUCGAGGGUCUCAAGUAUGGGGGAGAGGGCAGAGCAUAUUAUUUCACGAGCGAAGAACAAAAAUACGUAGAGGGAUCAAGAUUAAUGCCAAGACCAUUUUCUAAUGGCUAUUGGAAAAGAUGUGGAGGGGAAAUUCCAAUUCAUAAUGGCUUUGAAAUUAUUGGUUUCAAAAGAAGAUUUGUAUGGGAAGAGGUACCUAAAGUAGAAGAGAGUAAAUGGAAGAUGACUGAAUAUAGUGUAACUCCCAGAUUCAUGGAAGAUCUUUCUCAAACCAAUUUGGAAAACUACGUGGUAUGCAAAGUUCGAGACAUGAGUAGGUACAAGAAGCAUUUUUCAUAAUGGAAGAAAGAAUAGAUUAGGUCGAAAAAUUCGUAUUCACUGAUGAAUAAUGUUAUAGUCCACGAAAACGUUUAGACAAAAAGCAUUAGAAUCUUUUGUAAUGAUUCUUGAAAAACUAUUCUCAUCAAUGUAAUAGAAUCUCUAUUUAUGAUUUACUCU